GGCCUCUCCACCCGGCGCAGGCCCAGCGUCCUCACACGCCGUGGUAGAUGACGGCGGAGGCACGCCCGACUGCACGCACACGAGGCGCUUCUCAUGAAUCCCCGGGCCGCCGCUGAACAAGCAGCACAGCGAAAGAAGCUCGCAAACUCGUACAAGCAGCUUCUCGAUGAAUUCGCGGCCGCCGACCUCAAGAGCGUCGGCAACUACACCCUGGGCAAGCUGAUCGGCAAGGGCAGCUUCGGCAAGGUCUACCUGGCCGCGCACAAGCUCAGCAAUGGCUCCAAGGUCGUGCUCAAGUCGGCCAAGAAGGACGACGCCAACCUCGCCCGCGAGAUCCACCACCACCGCCAGUUCAUCCACCCGCACAUUGCGCGCCUGUACGAGGUCAUCGUGACCGAGGAGCUGGUGUGGCUGGCCCUGGAGUACUGCCCCGGCGACGAGCUGUACAACUACCUGCUCAAGAAGGGCGCCCUCGAGCCCCCCAAGGUCCAGCGCAUCUUCACCCAGCUCGUCGGCGCCGUCACCUACGUCCACAACAAGGCCUGCGUGCACCGCGACCUGAAGCUCGAGAACAUCCUGCUGGACAAGCACGGCGACGUCAAGCUGUGCGACUUUGGCUUCACGCGCGAGUACGAGGGCAAGAGCAACUACCUGCAGACAUGGUGCGGUACGGUCUGCUACAGCGCCCCGGAGAUGCUCAAGGGCGAGAAGUACGCCGGCGAGAAGGUCGACGUGUGGAGCCUGGGCAUUAUUCUGUAUGCCCUGUUGGUCGGCGAGCUGCCCUUCGACGACGACGACGAGAACAUCACUAAGAUGAAGAUCCUGAAGGAGGAGCCCCCGUACCCCGACAGCUUCCCCCCGCAGGCGCGCGAGCUGUGCCAGUCGCUGCUCUCGAAGCGCCCGAUCCUGCGCCCCACGCUGGCCGAGAUACUCCAGAACCCGUGGCUGUCCGAGUACGCGCCGCGCCAGCAGGAGACGCUGAAGCUGCAGCAGCCCGCGCCGUUUUCGACCGAGCUGGAGAAGGAGGUGCUGCAGCGCAUGCGGGCGGCUGGAGUUGACAUCGACCUGGUCAUCGAGAACGUCCUGGCGCAGCGCUGCGACUCGUUGGCAGGAUGGUGGGCACUACUACUGGAAAAAGAGGAGCGCAAGGCCAGGAGAAGAGAGCGCAAGCGCAAGGAGCGCGAGGCCGAAGCAAAGAGCUUGAGACGGUUGAGCGCGGCUAGCAGUCGACUCGACAAGCUCGCCCCCACCAUCAGGGAAACCGACGAGGAAGGUCAGCAUUACCCGAUCGUCGGAGAUCCGCCCAAGAGCCGGGGACGGUCGAUCAACCGGCGCAGUACCCAUGGUGUCCCUCCUGUGCCCGACCUGCCCGAUCUCCCAGAGUCGAGCGCCGGUCCAAACCUGGUCCUCGAACAGCCUCCAACGCUGCCUGAGAAAGACUUUGGUCGCGAGUCGAAUUCGUCGUCGCGGCCACCGCCGCCAGCGAAAGACCUCGACAGACACAAACGGAGAUCACACAGCAGCAUGUUGCAGGUGGUAGGCAGCAAUCCCGAUCUCCUCCACCCCAACGGCUUCGUGCCCAAGCGCCGCCGGAAGCAACCCUUUAUCAACCACCUCCUCUCGCUCCGGAACUGGAUCAAGGAAACCUCGAAGCGCGCCCGCUCGCCAAACUCGAAGGCUAGCAGCGAAAAGUCACCGAAGAUUCCAGAAAGCACACGGUCGCAAGGCGACUCGCGCAGCGGCCGGCGCACCAGCAACGCAAACCGCAGCUCGGUCUACACACACCCGCCUCCGUCCACACACAACGUGCCUCUCCGCCCACGCGUCACGACUCACGGCUCCGGCUCGACCCGCCGCCUCUCCGCCUCUCCCGCGCCCCAGACACCGCGCUCCACCUACCGACGCUCAUCCGGCGGCCUGCGCGGCCGCAAGUCCACAUCCUCCUCCGUCAGCAGCAUACGAAGCAUGCCGCACCACCACCACACGCACAGCAAAGCCUCAUCGACCUCCAGCGCCUCGCUCGCCUCCCCCAGCGUCUCCACCGUCAGCGGCCACAUCAGCGCCCACAAGACCAAAAGCCCCCACAACUCCAUCAAAGUCCUCCCCGCCACCCCAACCUCGACUACCUUCCCCGCCAACAUGCGCCUCGUCCGCGCCGGCGCGCCCGCGCUCGGCAUCGCGCCCCUCAGCGAAGGCGGCGCCGCGUUCGGCACCGCGCCGCCCCCGUCCCCGGGCAUCAUGUUCGCCAAGCGCAAGCGCAGUCCCUUCAAGGGCCCCAACAUCGGCACCGCGGGCGCCAGCCCCUGGCGCAGUCGCAGCGGCGGCGAGCCGGGGAGUCGCGGCGCCAGUGUCCAGGGCCGCCGCAGCGGGGAGAUUAUGGGGAUUACUGAGGAGGAGGAGGAUGAGGAGGAGGAGGAGAUUGAGGAGGUGGAUGAUUUUAGUCCUGGGUUGAAGCCGGGUGAGUUCGUGGUCGAUGUUAAUGAUGACGCGGAAGUGGGGGUCGGGAAUGGGAAUGCGAACGGGAAGGGGUAGGGUGCGUGGUGUGUGGUGUGGGAUGUGUGUAGCCCAACACAGUGAGCGCGUGCCUGCAUCGCCUUGCGUGCUUGUGCGUGCCGUGGUGCUGCACAGCUUCCCGUGCUGCCGCGUCGCAUCUCAAACACCCCCCCAUCCCCCCAUCCUCCCCUCCUCCCUUUCUCACUCGCCACCCGCCAGACACACUACGCUGCACCCCAGCCCCCCUUUCCUUCCCGCGCUCUACGGACCCGCCACACCACACACACACAUAUCUCCUUUCCUCGCUUCCGCCUCUUCUUCAACGCGCUUAGACUACCUAUCUUCCCUGUCCCUCGACAUCCAGCUCUUGGAAACCCCCUUGUACCCUUUAAAAUCGCUUUUGUAUUU